AUGCAGGUGUCAAGCUUAUCGUUGCUCGCGACUACGCUUCUCAGCGCAAGCCUGCUUUGCAGCAUCGCAGCAGCUUCAGAGACGGCUGCGCGGGCAACCUACUCUCUGCACUCGAGGUAUGUGGGGGGCGGACAGAGCACAGGGGGAUGGAAAUAUCAAGGCUCGAUCAGUUUGGGAGCUCAAGCUGGGCUUUCGAGCGUCUCGGAUGUCUCUCCAUCACGGGACAAUAUCAAAUUCGUCACUGCGAGUGAUCGGAAUGAGGAGCUUCAGCCGGCAACUGAUUCUGGUGUGCUAGAUCUGGAGAGCACUAGCUCUGCUGAGGGCUGGCUGCAGCUCUUGCUCUUGGACGGAGACACAAAGUCAGUCAAGCAGGCGGAACUGGCGCGUGGCAUUUUAGCUAGCACCAAAGCGGUGAGUGUUUUGCAUAGCUCUUCGGUCGUUGACGAUCCUGAGGUGGCUAAAGCAAUCGGUGCCGGCAAAUCUUCACAGUGCCUCCUCCCUUCCCCGCUCGUUGUCACCCUCCACCUACCACCGGCGCCUGGCGCAAAGACAAAGACCGGACAUGAUCCAGCUCCUUUAAGCGCGUCCUUGCGACCGCAAAGUCUCUCACUCCACUUUGAAGGCAUUUCUACAGCGCCCUUGAACGAGUCUGGAUGCCCAGCUGAGCGAGGCCGCAGCGCUGCUGAAGUCGCCAAGCCUCAGGCUCCAGUGCGAGUAGCAGUCUAUCGUGCAGCAGGCGCAGGAGCGUGAGUUUAUCGGAAGAGUUGGCCUUAACAUCAUCGACACUGACGUCUCUGCUGACCUUUCCUCGCAGGCCUCCUCCUCGUCAAGCGCCGCGUCUCACAGCCGACGGAAGCCCGCUCGGUGAAGGGGAAGACGCUCCACCGGUGAAGGAGAAAUCCUUCGUUCAGAAGUAUUGGUACUAUUUGCUACCCGUCGUCAUCCUACUCGCAAUUCCCUCAGAGGUGCGUGGGAUCCCGCUGGCAGGUCGAGACAUGAACGCACGGCUGACGCUCCAAGACUGCGCACACUCUAAAUAGCUUGCAGAUAGCGGCGAUGAUGGAGAGGCGGAGGUGGAUGACGCUCCGCGCUUGGGAGGAGGAGGAUCGGGAAGCGGAGGCGCAGGCAAGAAGGGCGCACCUGGUGCAGCGGGUGCUGGUAUGCGUCGUAUCAGGUGA